CAGACACCGACUUUUCUGCGCUUACAAGUGAACCAAUCUCGUUGGUUCUAUUCGCCGUCCCUGUCCUUUGAUUCAUUCAUUAUUGUGAUCUCAAAGGAGUGCCCCCGCCCCAACGCUAGAGGCUUGCUGCCUGAUCAAAGUCACACAAAGGCAAGGCAUGUUGCUCGCUAAACACAUUGCAGGCUGUGCAAUGCGCAGAAUGACGCUCAAUGACACUAGGCACAUCUCUGCCUGGGUGCUAAAAGACUGUGGGAGUUACUCCAAACUGUCUGCGGCUUAGAUAUUUGAGCAUUUGCCAACAUAUACCUCUGCUCUUGAGGAAUUGUUCAUACUUAUAUCCGAACCAACCUCGCCUUGUCGAAAGGAGUCGUGGGACAAGAUGAAUCGCAUCACAGCGUUCAAGCUCCCUUGUAACGAGCAAUUGGGAUGCACUCUUUUCGAUAACUUUCCUGGGGAAAUCCGUGACCGCAUAUUCACUUUCGCUCUAAGUUGCUAUGACGAUCAAGCCAGAAAAUGGGACAGGAACAGUUCCUUCGUGAGACCAGACUACAGUGCACCCGAGGUCGCCGACACUGCACUGCUUCAAACGUGCCAACGGAUCUAUGCCGAGAACUGGUUCAGGCCAUGGAUCAGCGCUAUCCACACAUUCUAUCUAGCAGCACAAGGGCGCAAACCGGAUGACAAACAUGUCAUGUCAGUGGCUAAGCUGCAGCCUGCGCUCAACCAACUCAAUGCCGCCCAUGGAGAAGUUGAGAUCUCACAUGUCAGAGUGUUUCCCCAGCUAUACGCGCUCGAACCCGGAAAGGAGAUUGGUAAUAUUCUCAACAUGGACAACUUCUUUCCACGCAAGCUAACAAUUACAAUCCGACACCAUGAUUGGUGGUUUUGGGAGCAGGACGAGCGCCUUCUCAUCAGAUCCUGGUGGGUCAAUGUUUGUCGCUUUCCAAGUAGUCUCAGUGAGAUUUGCAUGGAACUCGAAAGCUUGCAAAGGAAGGAGAACCAGAUUGAUUGGAUAGCAGAGGAGAUGACCAAGGCCUGGCACUUCGAAAGAAAGGACGGCACAAUCUUAUCCGCCAAUGGUGGAGACUUCAAAGUUGAUCUUUGGAGUGGGAGCUCGACUUGGGAGCGCACACGCUGGCUUCGAGAUGAAACACAACCGGGAACCAACGAUUACUACGUCAAGACUGUCAUAUGGAAGCCCAACAGCGCAAUCAGCGAACGCCCGUGGGCAUACGAUCUGCAUGUUCCGCAUACAUUCUCUGUCAUUCGCCGUGCGACCCCAUCCCUGUCUGUUUCCCUCAUAGAGGAAGCGCAGGUUCCAGCGGGCUCGUCGGCUCAAGAGACCUUGCGACUUGUCCAACAAUGGCGGGAAGACCACCGUGAGGUUUAUGGUGGUAUUUAUGAUGAUGAUAUCACAGAGGAUGACGACGAUGGGAAUGACGAGAAUGAUGAGGAUGGCGAUGACGAUGACCGUAGUGACUGGAUAGAUGCAAAUGGCCCCUCAGAUGAGGAAGGUAAUGAGCACUUAUUCACAUGAUGUGCUUGAAGGUCAUGAUACGGAGAACGACACCAACGCAGUGGACGGCCAUACAUACAACAGUUCGGAAGACGCUCAUGAGGGUGUUCAAGAACCAGAAAUAGGCGCAGGCUGUACAGCAGGGGAUGGAAGAUGCUGCUGCAGCGAUGCUCCUCAACGGGCCGACAGUCUUACCACAGAUGCCACCUGGUCCAUCGUCGUCAACUCCUGCGACAACAUGGCCAGUGGCAUAAUGACACAGGGAGUGCUCUGCAUCAUUCAAGCUGGCUCCUUUUUAUUUCUUUUGUAUAAGUACUUAGCCAAGGUAUAGUCCGUACAGGUUGGAAGUCCUCGCUCCUCACCAC